AUGAAUUUUGACCAGAAGGCGGUGAAAUUCCUGGCAAGUUUUCACAUCAAUGGAGGCAGACACUGGACCCAUGGCUCCCUGAAGCAGAAGCCACCUGUGACUUCCCAGCUCAAUGCUGCUGUGCUGUUGUCAGGCCUGGAACCAGGGCUGGGGGCCUCCUGGGAGGAGAUGUGGCCCCCAGCGGUGCAGGAGCUCCAGGUGGGGCUCAGGACGCAAACCAGCCCCCGCCAGGAGCCCCUUACUCGGAACCUAAGGGAGCUGUUGCUGGAGCAACGCCCUCCCAUCAUGACCGACCUGCAUGUUCCUGGCCCCACCAAGUACCAGGUGCCAGACGCGUCGGUGCGAGAGUCCUCCCCACACCCCCACUUCAGCAUCGGCCGCAGGCACCCCACCCACGAGGGUGGUGGCCGCAGGGCGUGGCAGACAGUGUGGUUCCAGAGUGAAAGUCCCUUCACUCAGAAAGCUGACUUCAAUCGAGAGCAGAAGUGGCCAUCGCCUGCAGACUACCAGCUGCCCAGCCCGCCUGCGUGCCCAGCCUUCAGCUUCAGGGGCCGCCCUGCCUCCAGGCCGCCUGAGGCCCGAGCCCGCCAGGGGGUGCUGCAGGCCUGGGGCACAGGACCCCCGGCCCAGCCCCUCCUGCAGGCCCCUCCGCCCACAGGGGACAAGACGGGCCCUGGCCCCAGCACCUACAACAUCCUUCCUGGCUGCCGUCUGAAGGGCCCGUGCCCACCCGCCUUCUCCAUGGGCCGCUCGCCCCUGCUGGCCUCCUGGGUGGGCUCCUCCUGCACCCCAGGCCCGGCCGCCUACAACGUGGAGGACUGCUACAGGUCACAGCUCCCCUCGGCACCCGGGGUGGUCAUCCAAGGUGUGCGGAGGCCCAAGCGCCACGACACUGGCCCGUUCUGUGCACUCUAG